CCCCUCUCCGGGGCCUGGGGGUGACAUUGCACCGUGCCCCUACUGGGGCAGAAAUCGACCCCCCCCACUGGUCAGCUGCCCCCCACCCCCUUCCCUUGUAGGUUCCUGUCCUCCCCUUGCUCCCCUUCCCACCUUCCCCCAUCCCAUCCCCAAGGCCCCGCCAUGGGUGCCGCGGUCUUUUUCGGAUGUACUUUCGUGGCCUUCGGCCCAGCCUUCUCGCUCUUUCUGGUCACGGUGGCCGGGGACCCGCUUCGGGUCAUCAUCUUGGUGGCCGGGGCAUUUUUUUGGCUGGUCUCUCUCCUUUUGGCUUCUGUGGUCUGGUUCAUCUUGGUGCAUGUGACUGAUCAGUCAGACACUCGGCUCCAAUAUGGCCUCCUCAUCUUUGGUGCUGCCGUUUCAGUCCUGCUUCAGGAGGUUUUCAGAUUUGCCUACUACAAGCUACUUAAGAAGGCAGAUGAGGGGUUAGCAUCGCUGAGUGAGGACGGAAGAUCUCCCAUCUCCAUCCGACAGAUGGCCUAUGUUUCUGGUCUAUCUUUCGGCAUCAUCAGCGGCGUCUUUUCUGUUAUCAACAUCUUGGCAGAUGCACUUGGUCCAGGUGUGGUUGGUAUUCAUGGAGAUUCACCCUAUUACUUCUUAACCUCAGCGUUUCUGACAGCAGCCGUCAUUUUGCUUCAUACCUUUUGGGGGAUUGUGUUUUUUGAUGCCUGUGAGAGGAGACGAUAUUGGGCCUUGGGCUUGGUUGUUGGGAGUCACCUGUUGACAUCAGGACUGACAUUUCUGAAUCCCUGGUAUGAAGCCAGCCUAUUGCCCAUCUAUGCAGUUACUCUAUCCAUGGGGAUCUGGGCAUUCAUCACAGCUGGAGGCUCCCUCCGAAGUAUCCAGCGCAGCCUCUCGUGUAAGGACCGACCACUUGGAUUGAUCGCCUGCCUGACCACCACCUGCCUGCCCACUAUCCAAGACUGAGCCCUGCCCCACUCCCACCUUAGUGCCCCUGCUACUCUUCUCUGUAUAAUUCCCUUCCACCUACUUCCCCUUCCCCAUCCUCAGGGGUUUCACUUUGUCCACUCUUGACCUUUGCUCUCUAGGCCACAGCGGGAGCUGCCAGGGGACAGCCGGUCAAUGGUUAGAGGGUUUGAAACUCCCCACCCUUUGAGGACCCCCUGUUGCCCUGGGUCCUUCCACUUCCCCAUCCUGUCCAAGACUCACAUCCCUUCCCCUCUGCAGGCCGACGGCAGGAGGACAGUCGGGUGAUGGUGUAUUCUGCCCUGCGCAUCCCACCCGAGGACUGAGGGGACCUGGGGGAAACCCUGAGGGCCAGGGGCACCCUCUUUGUCUCCUGUCUUUCUCUCCAUCUCCAACUAUGGACAGCUGCUAAGGGAGGUGGCCUAGCUUAGUCAUUGCCCAGGAGAUAAAAUUGGGGUACCUGAGGGUAAAGAGGUUACUGGGGUUUGCAGGGAUCUAAGAAGUUCCCUGUUAUCUAUCCCUUCUGCCCUUUUCCCUCCCCCCCACCCCAAUUGGAUAUCUCUUUUUCUCAGGUCUGAGGGAAAUCAUUUUUGGUUUGACAGAGACUCCAAACUGCCUUUUGGGGGGAGAGGAGUUUGAAGCUGCUUCCUCCAAAAUGUCUUAGCCUAUUUUCCCAAUUCUUCUACUCCCUCUGUCCUUCAUCUUUUCCCUUUUCUCCCACUGGCCAGAGAUCCUAGGGAAUAGAGUGAAGAGUGUGUUAGGGAGAUAGUAAUCUCUGCUCCUCAUCUCUCUCUCUCUGUCUGUUCCCAGAAACUGGGAUGACUGGAACUUAAUAAUUUUUAUCCUACAAUGAGAGAGCUGGGGUGGCCUGGAGUGCUAUAGGGCCAGAGUGCCACUGAGGGUUAUGGCCUAUAAGGAUUUGUGGACGGACAGCAGGAAUUUUUUUCUAGUUUUUAAUGGGGAGGGAGGGAGAAUGGGGAGGGAGAAAAGAGGGAAUGACUUUUCUAUAAAAUGUAUUAUUUUCUGCUGGGGAUGGCAUAUCCCAUCCUUUUAAUCAAAGUAAGUGUGAUUUUUGACUAAUAAAAAGAAUUUUAUAACUA